CAUGAACAUGCUUUUACAAGCUCAGUCCGACGUUCAAAACUGCUUGCAACAGAACUGGUUUGACCUAUACCUGAAAACAUACCCCCAGCAGCCUCUCGAGUGUUCACCUUCUAUGAUGAUCCUGAGGUCAAUCCAGACGAUAAGCCGGAAGAACCGUUCGUGGAAGGAGCUGGAGGCUCUCAUCGGGUCGAUUGUCACCUUCCGGCGAAUGAUGCGGAUUCCCCAGCUCCGCCUUCGCUUCAUCCACUUCCUGCGCGAUGAGGUCUACAACAAUGAGCACAACAGCUUGGCAUCUCGUAACGUGACCAGGGUGCCAUCCCAGGGCAGCUCCGUCAUUCUCCGAGGGGUCGAUUAUGUGGACGAUUCUGACACCCCCCACUUGAAAAGGCGAAUGAUGUUCAAUCGACAGCUCAUCGUCAACUACCUGGUCAAUGAUUUGCACUUCUGCAUGGAGAUUGAGCACUAUGUGAAACGGGCGGAAGCUGCAAUCGUCAUGGCUCGAGUGGGACUACACGAUGAGAUUUACGAAGGGUUGCUCCGGGCAAAAGUGGAAAUGAUCAUCAAACUCUUUCUGCACGCGGACACGCUGCCGAGGCUCAGGGUUAGCACCGUCAGCCUGGGCUGA